AUGCACCGGUGUCUGCAUCUCGAAGAAAUUUUGCAAGAAAUCUUCAAAAAUGCUGACUAUAUGUCGUUGACGGUUCUUGCCAGGACAUGUCGAUUGUUUUACGAGCCCGCCCUGAACGCCAUUUACUCGGAUCUUCCAGGGCUCCAGCCAUUAAUUGAGCGUUUACCCCACGAUUUGUGGUCAACCAGGUCCGGUGAAUUGGUGAUCCGAGGACCCCUGCACCCCAAUGAUUGGGAAGUGUUUGCAAGCUAUUCUCGCCGGGUUCAUAGCCUACGGCUUAGAUGGUUCGCGAGCGAUGCCAAGCUCUAUCGCGCCCUUUUGUCGCCUCCCGAUCCCUCGUUUCUUUUACCCAACCUUCGUACAUUCACCUGGCACUGUCUCAGCACCCGCUCUGCUGGACUUGAUGACAUGAUCGCCUUCAUGCGUUCGCUCUUCUGUCACAACCUCGCGGCAGCGCAGCUAAUCGUAUCUGAAUAUGCUCUUGCUGCAUUCUCCGAUCUUGGAUGCACCUCGCUUAGGAAGCUAGUCAUCCAAAGUCAUAAAGUUGCUAUCAGUGCAAGUGUGACAGAAGAUGCGAUAUACAAACUCUCUGCUUUGAGAUCUCUCGCGUGCGGUGAGGUCUCUGUCAGAGCUCUCCAUCACUUGGCGCAAUUUCCAUUGUUGAGCCGCUUGACCAUUUGGCUUGGAAACGAUACCCCAUCCACGCUCACUUUUCCAAGGUUUUCAUUUAGCAAACUUCGCUAUCUGACAAUCAAUACUAAAUCUAUCGGUCCGUGCCUCUCUAUGCUCAAAGCGGCCAACUGGAACAUACGCUGUUUCCACCAUCGGAUGGAUGCGGGGUAUGAUCCCGCUGGACGCAAGGUGCUUCUGAAACUGCUUCCCUUGCAGCUCUCGCACGAGUCACUGAAUUGCAUUUCCCUGCAAACCGCCUCUCCUUAUCAAGACGACGACUCCACCACAAAUCCCUUUUCAUUGAAGCCGCUUUUUAGCUUCAAGAAUCUGUUGAUACUAGAACUCAACCUGAGCGGAGCUAUCCUCCCAGAACUGGAUAACGACAGUUUGCGACAACUCGCUGUUUCGUGGCCGCGGUUGCGGGUUCUCAUCCUGCAUCAGAACGCAGGAACGUAUCGUGUCCCACAAGUAGAUCUCACAGGGCUUGUUAUACUCCUGGAACAUUGCCCCGAACUACAUCAGCUCGUCCUUUCCGUGAAUGCAAUUAUCGACACCAAGGCGCCUCCCACGCCUCCGAUAAGCAACAGCAGCAAUAAGCUCAUUACCUCCAUCAAUUUUUCCAAUUCGCCGAUUACAAAACCAGCUGAAGUUGCGGCGUUUCUGUCUGCUAUCGUGCCCAACCUCCGAGAAACGUCAUCUUGGACAGGAGAAGUGAUGUGCACUGCUGGGAGCGUUCAAGAGUAUCGAAAACGGUGGGACGAUGUAGCAGAGUUGGUCCCUGUAUUUGCAGAGGUGCGGAGGCAAGAAAGGGAAGCCUGCAUGCACUUACUCAAGAGUGAAGUAGUGCGUAAAUAA